UAUGUCCAAAAAUAUUAAACUUUACGGGAUCGAUGUUGAAAGUGAAGAUGAUGUGGAAUAUGUGCCAGAUGAAUAGGAAGAUUCUGAAGUUAGUAAAAACUUAAAUCAUCCUAAAAUAUUAAACAUCGAUGAAAUCUAUUAAGAGAUGAAAAAAAUUGAUUUGUACUAACCUAAGAUUUGUACCAAGACUGCCUAAUAAAUUGUAAGGGAAGUACUUGAUGGUAAUGAAUAAUUAUAUUGAAAGAACAGAAUCGUGUUUAAGUCAAACGAGUCAAGUUUGCCGGAAAAUCAUUUUUAAUUAAUGAUAAAGGGGAAAUAUAGGAAGAAAACAUAGAACCUGUAUAAAAUAAGUAAAUCAAAUAAACAAUAGGAAAUUGUAUUCAAUAAUCUAUAAUUAGCUAUGACAAUGAAAGAGUUAAGGGAUAGUUUCCGAUAUUAUAGAGAAGUUAUAAAGAAAUUGACCAACAAAGCAAAGACUAUCAAUUCUGUGACUAAAUCUAAAUUAGAUUGGAAGCAAUAUACAACAAAGGAGAAGCUUGAGACAUAAAUGGAAUAAAAAAGAAAGAGUGGCCAAGGAGUCCUUGAAAAAGCCAAGUUUAUCAAUAAAACUAAUGAGAGAGUUAAAUCGAUUAGACAUAAUAAAAUAAAAAAAUUAUGAAA